AUGGAAGACCCGGAGAAGGCGAUCGGGGACUACGCGCACAGGGAGCAGGCCGUCCCACAGAUGCCCCAGGUGGCACUAGCGUUCCUCACCAUCACCGGCAAGCGACGCACGAUGUCGUUCGACCCCGACACGACUGUCGGUCGCGUCAAGGAGCUCGUCUGGAAUGCCUGGCCGAACGAAUGGCAGGACGAGCGGCCGCCUGCGCCGUCGUACCUCCGGAUCCUGUACCUCGGCAAGAUCCUUCAGGACGAGGACACGCUCGCGAAGUGGUCCUUCCCCGUCACGGAGCCCGAUCCCGCUGUCCCCCCGUCCGAGGGCCAGGCGACGGUGGUGCACCUCUCCGUGCGCGCCGCGCCGCCGCCCACGGAGGACGCGCGCAAGAAGCGCCGCGGCGUAGGGUUGGGGAUGAGCGACGAGGCGGAAGGCGGGUGCUGUGGGUGUGUGGUGUGCUAG